AUGAAGAAGCUUUUGUCGCGGAAAGACAAGCGCCGCAGCCUGAUAUCGCCACCGCCGGUCAGCUCGGGCGGCUCCGCCACGCUGGCAGACGCGCACGAGCCGCGCCACGACGACGACCGCUCCGAAUCGACGCUGGAUCUCAGCAGCAGAUCCGGCACAAGGACGGCCACGCUGGAGGCCACCAAACGCAACCUGCUGAAGGGGCUGUCCAGCAAGCGGUCGACAGCCUCGCUGGCACCGAGCGGCGUGCAGAACCUCGUCGACCCCAGCUGGGACAACGAGACGCUCAAGGUCGGCUGGCUCAACAAGGUCGCCGACGCAGACGACGCGGACGACAUGCGCCUGUGUCGCGCAGAGGUGAAGGGCUCGACGUUGCUGGUGUACCGGCCGCCGGCCGAGCUGAGCGACGUGAAAUGCUUCGACCUGGAAAAGAAGAGUAGCGCGCGCGCGGCCGGCGACGUCGCUCCCCAGGGCAGGGUGGUGCCAGGCGUGGACGAGGAGCAGCCGUUUUCCGAGGAGCGCGGCCGGUCCCUGAAAGCCGCGCCGCAGAUCAAUUUGCCGAGCGACUUUGCCGGGUCGCAGCUGAGCAUCGCGACCUCGCUGUCGUCGCUCAAUGUCAAACUGGACUACCCGUCGGUCAGGUACCCGCACCCCGAUCUCAAGCUGGAGGACGAGACGGGCGAGAUCGUCGACGGCACCGUGGAGGCGCUGUGCCACGCGGUGAUCUUCAAUCCUAACAGCAAGGUGAGCAAGCAGCUGGUGCAGAUUCUGCCGCUGGUGGAAAAUGUGGCCACCGCUUUGCAGUAUUUCCAUAAAUAUAGCGAGCUGAUGGAACAAACAGAAAAAAAUAGCUCCAACAAAUACCUGAUGGACCACAACAACAGGAUGGUCGUUUGGGCCAGCAGACUGUACCUGGUGGUGGACACGAUCCGCGAGAGCUUUCCGGGGCUCUUGCUCGACGAGGAGGUGCUCAAGGGCAUCUGGAACCUGCUGGUGUGCGUAGACAGGUACAGGGACUGCGACAGCCUGAAAAUCGCGAUCCACCAGCAGCGGCAGCAGCUGGCGAAGCUGCUGCCGUCGGGCGCGGGCAAGCUGAGCGAUCUGAGUGCAGACGUGUUUCUGGAGACCAGGGUGGACGUGCUGGCCGCCGAGAUCGACGCCCUGCACGUGCGGUACGCGGCCGCGUGGGGGCCUGGCAACGACCCGUCGCUGCUGUACGAGACCGCGAUGGACAACCACGCGCACUUGCGCGCCAAUCCGCUAAUCUUCACGCUCCCGGACGAUCUGCACUACCUCGCGAGGUUGCUGUGCUACCACCUGUUCGACGACCCGCACGUGACUACCCCCACGCAACGCGCGCAAAUACUGGGCAAGUGGAUUCAGCUGGGGGACACGUUGAGCAACAUGGGCGACAUGGUCGGCUACCUGGCAAUCGCGACCGUGGUGUGCUCGAUGCCCGUGCUGCGGCUCGCCCGCACCUGGGACCACGUCUUGCCCGAGUACGUCCAGCUCGUGAAUUCCAAGUGGGCGCCCGUGGUGUUCGAGCUGGACCGGCGCUCGAUUGUGAGCUCUGCGAGCCACCGCGCGUCGUACCACGUUUUAGCGCCGCAGGGCAUUGGCCGCAGCUACGCGCGCGAGAACGUUGUGCCGUAUUUUGGCGAUCUGCUCGUGAGAAAGGCCUCGUGUGCGCUGCGCGACCACGAGCGCCAUGUUGCGCGCGUGCGCGCGUUGUUUGCCAAGUGGAAGCAGUUUCUUGCCGGCGUGCAGAACGAGCCUGGAUUGGCCAGAAAGCGCGCGCAGGUCGGGUCGCUGGACGCGGGCGUCGCGAGCCGGCUUGCAAAGGUGCUGCAGUGCCACGUGCGUGGGCUGCCGCUUUCGCUGCCCGCGCUGAUGGACCAGUCGUUGCGCGUGGAGCCGGCGUACGCGGGCCAGUUCCACCAGAUGCACGACACGUCGCGCAGCCCGCUGUUUCUGGGCUCCUACGCGCCGCUGCUGUUCCCCGAGACGCUCGAGCGGGACCGCAUCUUUGACCGCGGCUCGCUGCUGGGCGCGAUCGGCGGCGGCGACAGCGCACGGCUCGCGCCCAGCAGCACACUCGCCGCGACCGACGAUGACGAGCUUAGAAAAGUCAGCCGCAACCAGUUUGUCAAGACGGUGCGCGACGUGUUCAACGUCGACUCGCACGACUUCCACGUCGACGACACCAUCGUGUUCAAGACGAACGACGCGCGCGGCGUGCAGCAAAAAUCGCGGCCGCCCAGUACGCUGCUUGGCGAGAGCGCAAGCGUGAAACGCUACAGCAGCUACUCGUCCAACAGUUUCAGCUUGGAUGAGUAUUUCAACACGUAUCAGGCAUACGCGGAGGGCCGCGAGAAGGAGAGCGAGAAGGUGAGCGCAGAGAUUCUGACCAAGGCGGCGACGCUGGACCGGCUGCUGGAUCUGCUGGUCCUGACGUAUUCUACGUUUGGCGCGCGGAUCGCCGAAGCGGACAUCAAGCGUUUUGUCGGUAGCGCGCCGGCGGACCGCGUGGAGCUCAAGAUGAACAACGGCGUGUUUACAAUGACGUUUUUUGCCGUGUACCGCGGGUUCUGCUCCACCACAAGGUUGCUGCAGGGACUGAAAAAAAGAUUUAUCGGGGCAAAGGCGGCGGCGCGGUCGCUCGCGGAGGGCAGCGAGCCCGACUGGGACGUAGAGUUCGCGGGCGAGUUUGCAGACACCAACUGGCGCUACGUGGGGCAGAUCCAGCUCGGCGUGCUCGAAACACUGCAAAUUCUCGUGGAGAACUGCUACCACCAUUUUACAGACAGUCUGGAAAAUAAAACCAUUUUCGACUCGCUGCUGCGCUACGUCGACAACGAGACGAUCGUCCAGUGGACGAAGGUGCUGCUGUGGAUGGAGGCCGACGGGUCGCUGGACGAAGAGUACAUCCAGCAGGUGCGCGAACUGUACGGCUCGCUGACGGCGACGUACAAAAAGAUGCGCAAAACGUACGUGCGGAAGUCGUAUCGGCCGAUCCUGAACCGCCGCGUGCCGGCUUUCACCACAGAGCUGACGAUCGUGCCCGCCGACCGGCUGCUGCCGCGCUCCAAGGACAUUGCAGCCGUCGAGAAGUUCGUCCUCGACCUCGACGCGACGAUCGGCGCGCUGUAUGGACUGUCGACGCUCGACGACUGGAUCGCCGCGUUCGAGAUUCUGGAGAUACACGCGUGCGCCGGCCCGCUCAGCCUGUCGCAGUACGACGCGCAGCCGGCAGACGUGCCCGACGCAGAACUCGUCGUCACCAACGUCUACUGCUGGCUCGCCACAGUAAAAGACGCCAGCGGCGAGUACGUGGUGAACAAAUUUCCUGCCCCCGUGCGGAGCCUGUUCGAAUUCUACUUCCGGCUCAAAACGUACUUUGCCGCACAAAUCCUCGACCCGAACCUGGCCCAGCCAGAACGAGUCGACCGAAUGCGUGUGGCAGUGCUGAUGCUCGGCAAGACGCGCUCGGCCGAGGCUCUGCGCGUGCCAGGUAUGCUAGAAAGCUGCCUCACAGACGUGAUUUUGUCGCCCGAGUCCCGCAGAUACGCGGACUGUUGGCGCAAGCUCGCCAAAACCGACACGCUGGACUCUUUGGAGCAGCUGAUCCCGCAAACCUCCAAGGUAAAAGUGCUGCCCUGUCCCGGCUGGCUCGCGGAGCGCAUGCUGGAGAUUGCGUGCUUCAUUCCAAACAAGGCGGUGGAAAACACCAACCUGAUCAACUUCGACAAGCGCAGGUUCGCCUACAACUGUGUCUCCAACAUUCUGGACCUCGUGCCGCACACCCCAGCCCUGCCCGAGGACACGCCGUUUGCGUUCCUGUUCUCGUGCAGUUGCGCCCAACCGGCGCUGCGCGAGUUGCCCGAGGCGGGCAACACGGUUUUCGGGCACCAUCUGCAACAGCAGCGGCAGCUGCUGCUGAUCGAGACGGCACGCCGACGACUGCUGGUCCGGCAACUGCAGAAGUGGACUGCUCCCCAGGAGCCCUACAGGGACUACAGGCGGGAGAGCGUGCGCGUGUCGCGCAGCAUCCCGAUGCGGCCAGCCGGUAGCAGCGGGAGUUCCAUGUUCAAGCUGGGCGGGCUGCUCAAGAACCGUGCGUUCGGCAUCAGCAUGGGCCACGGCGAGCGCGUUGUGGGCGUCGACGACCUUGGCGUUGCGGACGACUACGUGGACCCCAAGCAGCGUCCCGUGAUUUCGGUCAACUUGCGCGACUACACCAUUUUCCCCGUCUACCAGUCACCUUGCUCGUUCAAACUGAGUAGCGCUACGCAGGAGCUCAUUUUCCAGGCAGUGUCAGACGUCGAGAAGGACGACUGGCUGUACCAGAUCAAUUUUGCGCGCAAGCACUGGUACUGGUCGCGCACGGUCAACAAGUACACGCACCAUAACUUUGUGUUUGGCGUGCCUUUGGACUACGUGUGCGAGCGCGAGGGCCGCCAGAUGCCGGCGAUAAUCGAGAAAAUGAUGAGCGAGAUCGAGUUUCGGGGCCUGGAAGAAACGGGGCUGUAUCGUAAGUCUGCGUCGGUGAGCGUGCUGAACGAGAUCCGCGACGCGAUCAAUCUCCACGGCGACCUCAACAUGGAGGACCAGCUGGUUUUCGAUGUUCAUAACUUGACGGGAGUUAUAAAGAUGUUUUUCAGAGAGCUGCCGGAACCGUUGAUACUGGAUACCAUUAUCCCCGAAUUCGACAAAAUCAGGCAGCUGGCGCAGUCGGAGGAGCGUUUUGACCACUACAAGCUGAUCUUCGACAAGUUACCGGCGCCGAACAGAACGUUACUAGCGCGGUUUGUGAAGCAUCUGAAAAUGGUGGACGAGUAUAACCAGCAUAACAAGAUGCCGGCAUCAAACCUUGCCAAAGUUAUGGGUGGGUUAUUUAUCGAAGGAUGUCGCCCAGAAAAUAACAAAUACUUCAGCCUCAUGACGUUUGCGUGCGAAGACCUCAUUGUCCACUACGACCAGGUCUGGACAUAA